GAAUUGAAAUUUGUCUCGAACUUUGCAAAAUGACAACUGCUCAUGUCUAUUUUGCCGAUAUACCCCUCUCGUCGCCCUCCUCAUCCUCGGCCCAUAGUCUUGCGGCCCCAGAAGGUCAUCGUUCCAAUUUCGAGGCAUCGCCAAACAGUGACGCAACAUCCGAGCAACGUCAAUGCAGUCGCAAUGCCACUGAACGUAGCAUUUCGCCCGGCUGCAAUACGGCCCUGCAAUCAACGCCACGCUAUGAGCGUAACAUGGGCUUCUUUCGCCAACUGAGUCGUCGUUUCGGUUUGAGGUCAAACGAUGACCUAGUUUAUUCCGGCAGCAAUGAGGAAGACAAUCAAAGUUCAUCGACCGAUUCCUGUUCUUCGCAUAGAGAAAAUGCCAGCAAGGAUGCUCAGCUACACAAACAACAACAACAACACGAACAGCUAGAGCGGCAAUAUUGUAAUGCCAGUAAUAUAAUGACGGCAUCAAUGAUGACCAUGUCCAUAACCGAACACAUCUCAUGUGCAUCCAGUGAGACCAGCAGCACGGUGGACAUUGAAGAACAGCAACAGCAACACAAUCUGGGAAACAGUGACACCAAACCCCCAGAAGAUAAUGAUGAAAACCAUGUAACAACUGGCAAACAAACCUGUCACAAGGAACGCAAAUCCUUUGCCCGUUCCAGUUUUUCCCGGCUCCAACGACGUUCGGCCAGUUCCAUACGACGAGCUUUUGAAAAUUUCUCUCUAUCCUCACGUUCGCUGUCGUGCAGCGGUACAACACCGACACCGCCGCCAUUGUCCUUGGCCACACACAUAAAUACGUCAUCGUCAUCAUCGUCGUCCACACCCAUCAAAUCGGCACUCAAGUCCACAUCCAACCUCGAACUGAACAAACGUUACAACGCUUCAUCGGCAAAUGCAUCAUCGUCAUCAAAUUCAUCAGCCUCGGCGGCCGCUACUGGCUCAAUGACAACAACAACAACAACAAAGUCGUCGAAAACCAAAACAAAGCCACCUCCUCAAAGGAUCCUACGUCAGCCUGUCUCCUAUACAUAUCUGAAGGGCAUUUCAGGUUUGCCAACCCAAAGGGUUCCACGUAAUUCCGUGUGCUGUCAAUAUGCCAGACGUUAAUUGUAUUACAGCAACACAUCAAACACACACACAUCCUCACACAGAUAUACUCACACACACACACACACACCAAGGCUAUUAAUACUAGAGUAGAAGCUCCCAACAUACAUAAGUUUAAAGUUCAUCAUGUAUAAUAAUAAAAACAAUAUUCCAAAAAUACACGCAACACCGCUUGAGAUACAAACACAAAGAGUAACGAACGAACGAAUCGAUACGAAACUGUAAACAAGGCCGGCAGAAGCUGGCCUGAAAUAGGCUAACGCCAUUCUUACGUUUGGCCAGAACAACAGCAGAUGUCACAUACAUCUAUGCAUUUAUUGUCAUUCACAGACAUACACACACUAUAAAACCGUUGCAUUUUUAUCUACAAAUAUUUAGCCAAUGGAAGAUUAGAAAAAAAGGAUAAUACGGU